AUGGCAAUUGCAGGUGACAGGCCAGGUAGAACCCCAGCUGUGACUUUGGGAAACACCCAAGGUCCACCCGUACAGCUGGCGGAUCUGACCUUCGAGGCCUUGUCACCACGUGCUACCGCCAACCCUUGCCCACCCACACAAAUGACGGGUACUAACGGAGGACUACCGAGAGCUGAUUCAUCGUCUGAACCGAUCGCUCGACUCGCCCAAGCCAUCAAUGCUCUCGCCGACCGCCCUAAAAGACCCGAACUGGUCCCCUUUGCUGCGGAAAACAUUUCGCGGCUGCAAAACGCGAUUCGCGGACCCGCCUACCACUCCGUGGCGUCCUUGCUGUGGACGUCUCUUGACCCUCAGGAGAUUAUCGACGCCCUGCAGCAGACAUACGCCCGGCCGGAAAUUCUGGUGGCCCGAGAAAUCUCGGACAUACGAGGCAGUCCUAAGAUAAAAACUCCGCAGCCCGUCAACUUCCCGCGCGGCCUUUUUAAAAUCAUUGCGGUCACUAUUGAGGGCCCCGACGGCGAGUAUGAGACGACGGCACUACUGGACGAGGGCAGUACCGCGACGCUCAUCGACAGCGAAGUAGCGACUCGUAUCGGUGCUGUUCCCAUCCGACAGGAGCGGGCAUUACAAAAAGCCUACCUCGCCAGAGCCUCGACGAUGCACGCGCCGUCAGUAUCAUUGACGAGUCGGCUCGACGACUGGCGGAUGGCAGGUCCAGGGAGCACCACGUCCCUUCUUCAACUUCUAGAGUCCGACCUCGCCUGGGCGGAGAAGACAUUAUUGAGACACUCGCAAUGGGAUUGCUUCGCCGAAGAAAUCACACACCUGCGGGCCUCGCAGCCCCUCCCCAAAGCCAGCCGAAUAGCGUCUCUCUGUGCGUUCCUGGACAAAGAUAACCUCCUGCGGGCGGACACCCGCAUCAAAUUGGCAUUAACGGCUACCGAAGACGUAAAAGCCCCAAUAAUAUUGGACGGUCGGAGCCACAUCGUGCGAUUAUUAAUAAUGGAACUCCACGUAAAGAUGGGACACGGGUUUGACGAAACUGUUCUCAACGAGCUUCGACAAAGAUUCCGAAUUAUUAACGCUAGAAAAACCAUUAAAAGCGUCUCGAGCUCUUGCGCUGGGUGUCGAAGAUUUAAGGGUCGCCCGGUCCUACCACCAACUGGAGACCUGCCCCUGGAGAGGCUGAACCACCACACAAGACCAUUCACGUUCACUGGCCUAGACUAUUUUGGUCCGUUCGCCGUAGCUGUGGGCCGUCGACAAGAAAAAAGGUACGUCGCCCUUUUCACAUGCCUAGUCACGAGGGCUAUACACCUGGAAGUGGUUACAACGUUAUCUGCCGACGCCGCAAUAGCGAGCCUAAGGCGGUUCAUCGCUCGAAGAGGAUCGCCCAAGCAGAUCCUCUCUGACAACGGAACGAAUUUUGUCGGUGCAAGCAAAGAAAUGAGAAAACUCCACGGUGGCCCCGUUAUUGACUUCGCUACGAAUGGAAGAAUACGAUGGCGCUUCAUCCCCCCGGCCGCGCCUUUUAUGGGGGGGGCCUGGGAACGGUUAGUGCGCACCGUGAAGAACGCGCUCAAGACAACUCUCAAAAACAGGUCCCUCCCCAAAGAGGACACAUUCAGAACAUUGCUCUUAGAGGCUGAGGCAAUCGUCAACUCCCGGCCACUGACGUACGUCCCCACGGCGACCGACGCUCCAGAAGCGAUAACACCAUUCCACUUUCUAAUAGGCACGUCAUCGGUGGUUCCUUGGACUAACGACCUGACAGAUGGGGAGUUUUCACAACGCCAGGAGUGGCGGAAGGCACUUCGGCUGGCGGACCACUUCUGGGCUCGAUGGCUGCGGGAGUACCUGCCAACGCUGAGAGAGAAACUGAAGGAGUCCCAACCAUAUCAAGACAUAAAGGAGGGGGACGUGGUGCUGAUCGUGGACCCUACCCUUCCGCGCGGCUUGUGGCCGCUAGCUAGGGUCUCGAGGACGUACCCCGGUCAGGACGGUCAAGUCCGCGUAGCGGACCUCCUCACAAAGGGAGGUACGCUGCGCCGACCGGCUAGAAAAUUAAUUGUACUGGAGGCCCAGCCAGUCGCCACCGAGUUUUAG